AUGUAUGGUUGUAAAGUGGUUGUAAAUGCCCUGGAGGAACCUAAUUGGGAUUAUAAUACUGAAGAGGGAAUGAAGGCGCUCAGAGACCACCACCAGUCCCUGAGAAAGGGGCUUCUGGCUGCUGCACACCGCUCUACUAACUUACAUAAGGUAGCGGAGGUUUAUCAGGGACCGAAUGAGAGUCCUGUGGCAUUUCUCGAGCGUCUCAUGGAAGCCUACCAUAUGUACAUCCCGUUUGAUCCAGAAGCACCUGAGCAUGCCCGAACUCUCAAUUUAGCUUUUGCAGCUCAGUUGGCCCCGGAUAUACGCGGAAAGUUACAAAGAUUAGAAGGAUUUGCAGGAAAGAAUUUGACAGAACUAAUGGAAAUUGCCCAAAAAUUUGGGCAGAGGACACCCCCCCCCCCCGGCCUGGCUGCACAUGUCCCUCCUGUAAUUGCGGAACUGGUGGGACAUGCCAGGCCAGUCCAACUGAGACAAUAUCCUAUGGCUAUGGAAGCCAGGAAAGGCAUCAAGCCCCAUAUUCAGAGAUUCCUUUCAGCAGGGAUACUGAGAGAAUGCCAGUCUCCCUGGAACACCCCCUUCCUCCCAGUUCAUAAGCCAGGGUCAAAUGAAUAUCGACCUGUCCAAGAUUUGAGGGCUGUGAAUGCCCUAACUGUGACUUUACACCCCACUGUACCUAACCCUUAUACUUUGUAGUUGCUCCCACCUAAUCGAGUAUGGUAUACUGCAUUGGACCUGAAAGAUGCUUUCUUUUGUAUUCCUCUGUCUAUUGUUUCUCAGGAUUUAUUUGUCUUUGAAUGGGAGGAUCCUGAGGGGGGACGCAAAUGCCAGCUGACAUGGACACGAUUACCUCAAGGAUUCAAGAACUCACCCACCAUCUUUGGGGAGGCACUGUCAAAGGACCUGGUACCCUUUGGUGAAAAUAACCCCAAUGUCUCCCUUCUACAAUAUGUAGAAGACUUGUUGCUAGCUGCAGAAACUCAGGAGGCGUGUGAGGAUGGGACAAAGAGGCUGUUAGAACUACUACAGGAUAAGGGAUAUCGGUCUAAGAAAAAAGCUCAGGUAUGUGUUCAAACUGUAAAGUUCCUGGGGUUCACAUUGAAAGCGGGAACCCAUUCUCUCUCAGCCUCUCAGACCCAGGCUAUCCAGGGGCUGAAGGAGCCAAGGAACCGAAAGGAGUUAUGAGAAUUCUUGGGAACGGUGGGGUACUGCCAUCUAUGGGAACCAAACUUUGCUACUAUUGCCAAACCCCUAUAUGAAGCCUUGAAAGGGAAAAAUAACCUCCCCUUGGACUGGAACUCAGAACGGAAAAAGGCAUUUGAUGACUUAAAGAGGGAGCUGCUGAGUGCUCCUGCUUUGGCUUUGCCAGACAUUACAAAGCCCUUUCAGUUGUGCAUACACGAGAGGGAAGGGAUUGCAAGGGGAGUUCUGACUCAGAGUUUAGGGCCGUGGAGGUGCCCAGUGGCAUAUUUGUUGAAAAGACUGGACUAUGUGGCAGCUGGAUGGCCAACCUGUUUGCGAGCUGUCACAGCUGCUGCUGUCCUGGUAAAGAAAGCUGAUAAAUUAACCUUGGGACAGAAGUUGAGUGUGUUUGUGCCCCAUGCAGUGGAGACCCUACUGCGCGGCUCUGGAGGGAAGUGGCUUUCUGGUACCAGGCUGGCCCAGUACCAGGGGACACUCCUCGCAGAUCGAAUUCGUUUCCUGCCUGCAACUUCCCUCAACCCUGCCACGCUGCUUCCUGACAAUAAUCCUGAUGGACCAACUCAUGAAUGCCUUGACGUUCUCCAGACCGUCACUAACUUCAGACCAGACCUGACCAAUGUGCCCUUGUCCCAAGUGGAUGCCACACUCUUCACAGACAGAAGCAGCUAUCUCCAUGAAGUUACUCGAGUGUCGGGGGUGGCGGUCACUACUGAAACUGAGGUAAUUUGGUCAGAGCCCCUAGGAGCUCACACCUCUGCACAAAAGGCCGAACUUGUAGCCUUGACUCAGGCCCUAAAAUGGGCCAAGGAGAAGACUGUCAAUAUCUAUACGGACAGUAGAUAUGCCUUUGCCACUCUACAUGUCCACGGGGCCAUUUAUAAAGAACGAGACCUGUUAACCUCGGAGGGAAAAGCCAUAAAAAAGCCUCUUAUUUUGGACUUGCUAGUGACUAUUUGGGAGCCCAAGAGGCUUGCAGUAAUACAUUGCAAGGCCCACCAAAAGGAAGACAACCCAAUAGCCCAAGGGAACCAAUUGGCAGACUCUACUGCCAAACAGAUCGGGCUAAAAUCAGUGGGGUCCACUGCGUUGGCUGUGGUUACUCUCCCCACACCUCGGCUGGACACCCCAGUUUAUUCUGAUUCAGACAUAAAGUUAGCAGCAACCCUGAGAUCCCAAGCUAAUGCUGAAGGAUGGCACAUCGUCCCCAAUGGUCGUUUUCUCCUGCCAGAAACACUUGGGGCCCAGAUACUACAAGAGACUCAUCAAGCCAUGCAUUUAGGGGGAACUAAACUUGCUCAAUUGCUCUGGAAAACUUACUUUAUUCGUAAUCUUACAGCCAAAGCCAAGGACAUUAGUCUAAGAUGCCCCCACUGUGCUCAAGUAAAUCCCAAGGGCAAAUCAUCUGGUGGUCCCCCUCAACAACGACAGAGAGGACAAAAUCCAGGAGAACAUUGGGAGAUAAAUUUCACUGAGAUGGGUCCUGGACGCCAUGGAUACAAAUAUCUACUGGUCCUACUGGAUACUUUUACGGGAUGGCCUCAGGCCUUUCCUACAAGGACUGAAUCAGCUUUGAUUGUAACCAAGAAAUUGCUGUCUGAGAUUGUGCCUCGAUUUGGUCUGCCUUUAGUAAUGGGGUCCGAUAAUGGUCCUGCUUUCAUAGCUCAGAUAACCCAAAAUUUAGCUAAGUGUUUACAGGUUGAUUGGAAGCUCCACUGUGCCUACCGGCCUCAAAGUUCUGGACAGGUAGAACUGUCCAAGAAUAGAACCAUCAAUGACACAGUUCUAUUCUAUGAAUAG